AUGGGCAAACUCCACGAAUUUGAUAUUACUUUCUCAAAUAACAAAGUGGUCUACAGCCCUGGUGAAUCCAUUUCGGGAACUGUGAAAAUUACCACUGGCAGCUCCCUGCAAUAUAAGGCCAUCAGGGUCAACUGUGUGGGAACAUGUGGCAUCUCCAGCAAGAUGAAUGACACGUCAUGGAUGGCGGAGGAGCAGUACUUCAGCAGCAUGCUGUCUGUGGCUGACAAAGGCACAUUGGCCGCUGGUCAACACGCUUUCCCCUUUCAGUUUCUCAUUCCAGCAUCUGCCCCAACUUCUUUUGAGGGUCCAUUCGGAAAGAUUGUUUACAGAGUGAGGGCAGCUAUAGACACUCCACGGUUCUCAAAGGACUACAAAGCCCAGAAGCCCUUUUACUUACUCAACCUCCUUAACCUCAAUGAGAUUCCAGACAUAGAGCAACCUAGCUACGCUGUGACGACUAAGAAGUUUAGCUACCUCCUGGUGAAAACAGGCACUCUGAUGCUGAAGACACGUAGUGACCUGAGAGGGUACAUUCCUGGACAGGUCAUCAGACUGGCCACAGAAAUCCACAACAAGUCUGGAAAAGACACUGGCUGUGUUCUAGCUAGCCUUAUACAGAAAGUGACCUACAGGGCCAAACGACCAAUCUUUGACCUAAGGACCAUAGCGGAGGUGGAAGGUGCUGGAGUGAAGGCAGGCAAACACGCCGAAUGGCGGGAACAGAUUAUUGUUCCUCCUCUCCCUCAGUCUAUUCUUCCUGGCUGCAGCCUCAUAGACAUUGACUACUUCAUCCAGGUAUCUCUCAGAUCUCCAGAAGCAGUGGUCACUCUUCCCAUUUACAUAGGCAACAUUGCAGUCAACCUGACUCCCUCAAGAGUCGUCCAUCCAAGCACAGGCCCUGGCGGGCCCCUAAUGCCUGCUGUCCCAGGUCCUAGCGCUGGAGGUGUGACCCCUAGUGCUCCUCCCGCUGAGGAGGACGUGGAAAGUGAACUAGGUGCAGGGGGGCUUGCCAGUGAAGAGAUCCCCACCAAGAGCCACUCUCAACAGGAUCCCUCGGGCCAACCUCCCUCUGCGCCCCCUAGAGCUCUCUGUCAUGCUCCAGGGACAGCACCUCCCCAAAACCUGUACCCAGUGGCAGACAUCUCAGCACCUUUAUUCAGUGUGUCCACCGGGGCCACCAUACCAUUUUUUGCUGAAGGGAAUGCCACCCCUGUGCCCACUUCCUGUCCACUCAUCCUACCACCAGAAUACAGCACAUGGGACUACCCACAUGAGCCCCCUCCCACCUAUGAGGAGAGCUGUAGCAGCAACAACUCCAGUUUUAACACCAGCAUGAGUUAG